CUGCUUUACAUCCAAUUUGCACAUGAAAAAAAUAAUUGUUUGUGGUAGCCCUAGUGACGAUCAUAAACAUUUCCACCAAUGUCCUGCUGGAUUUUUCAGUGUCUAAAGAGCAGCAGCUGACUUAUCAUAAAGAAAUAAUCCACGUGACAUCUCAGAACCGAGAGAAUGUCUGAUAAUCAUUGAGCUGUUGGUCCAAAGGAGUUCAACUACAUUUUAAAAAACUAAAAAAGUCAACAAAUAAAGGUUCAUGUCAUCAUCACAUGCUCCUCUUGCAGCUGUGACACCAACUUUCAAUCUGUUUUACAACUUUUUAUAAGCUAAAUUGAUUAAUCUUGUUGAGGCUGUUUGCAUUAGAUAACUGAGGAGCAUAGAAGCUCCUCCCACCGCACAGAUAGGGAUUUCCAUGAAUUUGUCGGAUCAGAGCUGAGUUGCAGUGAAGAAUUGGAAUAUCCUGGUGUUUUCCUCUGCUGUUCUACCACAAUGGAGGACACCUACCAGCACCCCGUUUUCCUGGAGAGUCCCAGACCUCUAGAGGAAGUCAGGAGGAGAGUGGAGCUUUAUUUCUGCGUGAGGCGCAGAUCAGGCGGAGGAGAAUGCGGACCCCUGAUUGCUGUGCGAGAAAACAUCUACAGGAUCGACUUCAAACACCAACAAGACCAGCAGAAAGUCCUGGGAAAAUCCCUGCAUGCUGUGGAGCUGGAAGAUGGUUUUGUGGAGAUCAGAGUCAGAAGCAGCUUGGACUCUCCCACCUCCUCAUCCAGCCGCAGUAUCUCACCUUCUCCAGCAGAGAACUCAGAGGACGAUCCAGAUGAAGAUGCCGAGCUGCACUUUGAUGAUCAGCAGCCUCCAUUCCUGGAAGAAAACCACUUCUCUGAGCAGGAGCUUGCCCCUACAUGCUCCGUAGUCCUUCACCCAGCAGAGGGAGGGGCUUCAUAUGUGGCGUCAGCAGAUUAUUCUGGUGAUGAGAAACCGGAGCGGGGCAGAGACUCUGUCGAGUUUUGUGAUGGACUAAGAAUAGACGACAGCAUGGAUCCGGAGGGAAACAUGGUCUCUACUGGACAGGAAGAAUUCAGAGGAGCUGCUGCUGCUUCUGCUGCUGCUGCUGCUGCUGGUGGUGGUGGUGGGGGACGUGUUCAUGUUGAGAUUGUUCAGGACACCAUUGAGACACAGGAAACAAACGCUAUGGUGUCUCCCAUGGUCGGCCAUUACUACCGGUCUACUCGUCUUGGAAGCAUCCUAGAAAACAUAGUUGGCUCUCGUCUCACUGAAGACUUCGAUGAAGCAGCAGGAGACGAAUGGAUGCCGGGGGACUUUGUGCUGGUAGAGGGACUGCCUCGACUUCCAUCCAACGCGGUUUUCUUCCUCGAUCUCAUUCCAUGGGAUGGAGAUGAUGAUGGAACUGCAGUUCAGAUUCUCAGGUUGGGGAUCAACAACAUCCUAGCUUGCUGUGACGAUAGAGGCUUCAGAUCGGUGGCUCUUCCUGCACUCGGAGAAGGAAUGGCCCUUAGUUUUCCCAUCAGUUUGGUAGCCAGAGUCAUACUGGAGCAGAUUUAUGAAUACGAACGUGAGCGAGCCAGCAGCACAGACCUCUCAGUUCGUAUUGUCCUUCUGCCUGAAAACGAAGAAGCUAAAGAGGCCUUCACCUCAGUGCAAGAAGAACUUCAACACAAAGAAUCAAGGAGGAUUGUCCUGCUGGGAAAAACUGGAUCAGGGAAAAGCCACUUUGCUAACACCAUUUUUGGAGACGACCUCUUUACUACACAUCAUUCUGCAAAUUCGGGAACAGUUUCAUGUCAGGCUGAGACCAAAUGUAUCAAUGGAGUGAGCACCACUGUGGUGGACACUCCGGGUUUCUUUGACACAAGGCGAUCUGAGGAGGAUGUGAAACCGGAGAUCAUCAGGUGUCUCACAGAGUGCUCUCCUGGGCCCCACGCUUUUCUUAUUGUCUUUAAAGCAGGAAAAUUCACCAAACAGGAGCAGGAAGUUAUUGACAAAAUCUGUCAGUUCUUUUCCAAUGAUGCAUUGGAGCAUGCUGUGAUUGUCUUCACUCACGGUGACCAGCUGCCCCCGCAGAUGAAAAUUGAAGAGUUUAUUGCAGAUAAUGAGAAUCUGAGCGAUCUGGUCCACAAAUGUGGGGGUCGGUGCUUCGUCUUUGACAACAAAUACUGGAACAAUGCACCACCUGAUGAGUACAGGAGUAACCAGUUCCAGCUGGAGGCUUUGCUUACAACCAUCGACAGGAUGGUGGCAGAAAACAAAGAAGGCUACUACACCAAUGAAGUUUUACAGGAAGUGGAGAAAAAAAUCCAGAUAUAUGAAGAGAGCAUCAAAGCGGAAGCGGGAAACUUAACCCCAGUAGAGAUCAGAAAACUGGCAAAAGCCGAAGCGUUCAAUGACUUUCUGACCCAGCUGGCAGGAACAGCAACAGGAGCCUUGUUGGGGGCUUUCUUUGGUUUGGCUACCAUGGUGGCGAUGGUUGUCAAUGCUGUUAGGAACUUACCUGGAGCCAGGAACCUCUUGAAGCAAGUCCCCACGGUUGCAGCGGCAGGGAGUGAGGUAGCUUUAGCUUCUGGGAUUAUAGCCGGCGUGGUUGCAGGAGCUGCAGCUAUAACAGGAGGAGCGGUGGGGGGCAUAGCCGGACUUGAAGCAGCAAAGGGAGCAAAAACACCAGCAGAGGCAGCAGAGAGGGCCGCCAAGGCCGUCGUCGAAAAAUUCAAGAUGUUGGAGGGAAUACCAAAAUAACACGAUAUUUGAAUUGCUGAGCUGCUUUUACGAUAUCGGCAUGAAUCCACGGAUUCUGACGCAAAGGAAAGUGGCUUUUGAUUUUGGCAAAGCUAUCCCUGAUUUACAGCACUUAAGCCUUUAAUACCAGAGCUCCUGUGUUUAUGGAAAUUUUUUUUAUUAACAUGAUCAACAUAAUUCCAGAAGCUUGAGCCGCUCCUUCAGAAUCUGCUACGUUGAUCGUGUUAACGGUCAAAAGCUUAAAGACUUUGUGUCUAACCAUCACCGGGGACGCCUCAGGUGUUAAAGGGUUAACUACUAAAAAAUGUAGCAUAUAAGGGCAGGGCUUUUUUUCUCCAAUUCAGAAUACUUUUGAAAAAAUUUUGCUUGUUUUUUUUUUGUUUUUUUUUACACCGUAAAUGUUAGGUUAGCGGUACAUUGGGCUGUAAGCUAGCAGGAGAGAGUGUAAACAGUUGGAUGACGGGAAGUGUGGGCAGGCUUACUCCAUGCCAACUGUCCUGUCUACAGCUCAGACACAAAUUUCUAACACUACUAAUUUCUAAAAACUCAAAAGAUGAUCUGAGUGGGUUGUCAUGGAUGCAUUUAGGUUAUGCAGGGAAAGCAUUAGAUCAAGUGUCAAACUCAAUCACACAAGGGGCCAAAAUCCAAAACACACCUUAAGUCGCGGGCGAAACAGGUAAACAUUUAUUUAACACACUAAAAAUAGAUU